GCUGACUGAUGACGUAUAAGAAGGCCCUGUGGAAGAGCGCCUUCAUCCCGGAGCCCUCAUGGCUUCUUGCGGCGGCGACGAAGCGGUGCUGUUCAGACGCGGGGCCGGGCAGAGUGAUGAUUCUGAUAUAUGGGAUGAUACAGCGCUCAUAAAAGCAUAUGAUAAAGCCGUUGCGUCCUUCAAGAAUGCUUUGAAGAAUGGUGACUGUUCAGAGCCUUCGGAUAAAACAGAACAAAAUGCUGGGACAAAAAGAAAAAAUAAUAAAAAGAACAAGAGUAGGAAGAAAAGUAAUGCUGGACCACAGAAACAGUGGAGAGUUAAUGAUGCGUGCAGUGCAGUUUGGUCUGAAGAUGGCAACGUGUACCAAGCAACUAUUACCUCAAUUAACUGGAAGAAAGGGACUUGUGUAGUUGUCUAUACUGGAUACGGAAAUAAGGAAGAGCAAAAUCUGUCAGAUCUGCUACCACCAACGGAUGCUGAGGGAACAAAUGAGAAAAGUGCUGCUGAGAAUGAAAACGAGACUCAGUAUUCAACAGAUGAAAGUGACAUCUCAUUCCGGUCACCUGGAAACAAAUACAAUCGUACUAAAUCAGCACAGUGGAAUUCUCACUUUCCUCCACCACCACCAGUACCGGGCCUUGGAAGGACUGGAAUGAAAUUCAGUGGACCUCCACCCUUUUUAUCAGGCUGGCCUCCACCAUUUCCAUCAGGACCACCGUUGAUACCACCUCCACCACCUUUCAGUCCAGAUUCUCCUGAUGACGACGAAGCAUUGGGAAGUAUGUUAAUAGCCUGGUAUAUGAGUGGCUAUCACACUGGUUACUAUCUGGGUUUAAAGCAGAGCCGCAUGGAAGCUGCCUUGGGGAGACAUGCCCACUCUAAGUAGCUGUUGUUUAAAAAAAAAAUUCCCAUGAAGGAGGAUACCCCAACUCUGUAUUGGUCAGCGAAGAAGCUUUCAAUGGUAGCAGGAUUACUGACUGGAUAACUCAGAGAGGAAUCUGCCAGCAAUGUUUUCAUCAUCAUUAGCAAGAUUUCUGAAUGGAUAGCCCUGCUUUUUUUGCAAGGUGCCCGUAUCUUGUUAAUCAUUGGGUACCUAUUCUGGACUAAGUGAACUGUUCUUCAAGUGAAUCUGAUUAUUUGGACUUGCUUUGAUUUGUAAAGCAAUCUUUCAAUUUGUAGAAUAUCUUCAUUUCUAACUCUUCAGUGAUGCCAAGCUGACUACACAUUUAAACCUUAAACGAGGUCAGUUUUAUGGGAUCUAACCAUAUUUUGCCGAAACUGAUGUAUGUCCCUUUCUAGCUGUGGAUGGCAGUGGGGAUAACAGAAACUGUGUAGUCACGUGGUUAAUUAUGCAGCAGUCCAAAUCCUAGGACUAGAACAAUUCCUAGGUAAGUUGAGAGAGAGAUUACUUAUCAGUUACACCAUUCAACUGGUUUGUAUUAGUGAUCAAUAAAAUUAUUUUUUUCCAA